CCGCGCGCGUACCGCCGACUCGACUACGUAGUCGACUGUCGUCCGCACCGACGUCUCGUCGACGCGUCCCGUAACUUUUACUCCUGUUCGCCUCCUUCCUCGCAACUUCGGCUAUUCUGUAUUCACUCUGUGCCGCUGCACUGUUUCAGCCGGACGACCAUCGCUACUUCCCUAGCUAAUGCUGUGUAGCGAUUGGUUUGCGUAUCCGUUGAAUUUCUAGCUCAGGGGAGGGCGUGUAGUAUUUUCGGUGCUCUCUAGGUCGUUUGGAAAGCAUCGCUCUGCUCGACGGACGGACUGACAGCCGUGUUGCAGUUGCUUAUCACGGAGGCUAUCUUUGUUGUUCUUUCCCGGGAUCACUCUCCAGCAGCAGCAGCAACAGUAGCACAAGCGACAUCACAACCACAUCAACAUCAUGUGGAACUAGUUCCGGCCGUCAACUGCUCCUUGCACAGUCACCUGCAUGCCAUCUGCUACACUCACUAUCACUCACCUGGUACACUGCCGUCCAUCGUCACAGUAAAUCCUGAAGACCCACACCGUGGCAUUAGCGCUCAACUCCAACUCCACUAGGCAUUUCGGGUGGAGCCAUUUUCCUAGCUUGAAUAUAUUUAUUUUGAUCAAGAGUUGUAGUGGGGAGAGAUCCAGGAUCCAGCCGCCAAGAUGCCGAAGACGUUUGAUGUGCGCGUGACGACCAUGGACGCGGAGCUGGAGUUUUCGAUGCCGUGGAAAUCCUCCGGUCAGGAGUUGUUUGACAUGGUGACGAAAACGAUCGGGAUUCGCGAGAUCUGGUUCUUUGGCCUCUACUACACGGACAGCAAGGGAUUCCCAGCGUGGCUCAAGCUCAAUAAGAAGGUGGUGGAGCAGGACUUCCCCGCCCGCCAGAACCCACUUCAGCUGGUCUUCAAGGCGAAGUUCUUUCCGGAGGACGUGGAAGAGGAGCUGAUCACGGAUAUCACCAUGCACUUGGUCUUCUUGCAGGUCAAGCAGGCCAUACUCGACAUGGAGAUCUACUGUCCGCCCGAAGCCUCUGUUCUCCUUGCCAGCUAUGCUGUGCAAGCCAAGUAUGGUGAUUACGAUCCGGCAGUUUACCCGCCCGGCUUCCUCAAGAAUGAGAUUCUCCUUCCUCCGAGGGUUCUGGAUCAAUAUCAGAUGACGGCGGAUAUGUGGGAAGAGCGCAUCACUUCUUGGUACUCGGAACACGUCGGAAUGCUCAGAGAUGAAGCGGAGAUGGAGUACUUGAAGAUAGCCCAGGAUUUGGAAAUGUACGGCGUGAACUACUUCCCCAUCAAGAACAAGAAAGGCACUGACCUGUGGCUGGGUGUGGACGCACUGGGCCUGAACGUCUACGAAGUCAACGACAAGCUAACGCCCGUCAUCUCGUUUCCGUGGAGCGAGAUCCGCAACAUUGCUUUCAAGGACAAAAAGUUCACCAUCAAGCCGACGGACAAGAAAUCCCCGGACUUUGUCUUCUACACGCAAAAGCUGCGGACGAACAAGAUGAUUCUGCAGUUGAAUAUUGGCAAUCAUGAUCUGUACAUGCGGAGACGUCACGAAGACACCAUGGAAAUACAGCAAAUGAAGGCACAGGCCAAGGAAGAGAGAAGCAGAAAACAGGCCGAGCGUAAUAGAUUAGCGAGGGAACGUGCAGCGAGGGAAGAAGCCGAGCGAGAAAAGGAAGAGCUGCAGGCUAGGCUGCGGCACUUUGAGGAGGAGGCGAAGAAAGCAAAUGAAAUGCUGAUCCAGUCUGAAGAGCGGUCUGAACUGCUCCAGCGGAAAGCUCGCCAGGCAGAGGAAGAGGCCACGUCCAUCAUAAGAAAGGCAGAGGAAGCUGAAGAGGAGAUCCGGCGCGUGAGAGAGAUGGCGGUUAAGACAGAAGAAGAGAAGAAGGCUCUGGAAGCAAAGGCGUUUGAUGCCCCAAUAGCACAGCAGCUUCUCAGAACUUCUGAUGAACGGCAAAAAGAAGCCGAGGCGCUGAAGAAUGAGCUACUGACGGCCCGCCAAGCGGAGAUGAGAGCCAAGCAGCAGCUGUUGAGUGUCACGGCUGGUUCUACGCCCAGUUCUCGCGUCGCCGUGGCCAGCGACUAUCCGCGCCGUUCCGCAGACACCAGAACCCGACCACCAACACAGCAGCAGCAGCAGCAACGACACCCUGCACCCUUCUUCACCGGCCAGGUCGUCAGCUACCCAGCAGCAGCGACAGCCAAUGCACCAGCACCGCCAAACCAGCAAGCACCCGCGGCGUAUGCUGGUCAACCGCACCUCCACGACUCGUCCGGCUCCUCCGCUGCACCAGCAGGGGUUUCUGUUUCACGUGAUGGCCAGCAGGUGGCGGCAGCCGGGAGUGUAGCACCGCCGUACAUGCUGCACCAGCACCACCCGUCCGCACCCCCACAGAUGCCGCACACGGCAGGGUCGUCCUCCGCACGCCUCGUCGGCGUAACCUCGGCAACCAUGCCUCCCAACAUCAGCAGUGCUGGCUUGUCCGCAGCCGCAGCCGCUAUGGGUCCCCCGGCGCCGCCCGACUACGCCACACACCUGCGCCUGAUGAGCGGUGCGGCCUCCAUGACCAACAUGUCCGUGACACCGUUGCCGGGAGCGACGGCGGCGAGCGCUGGCGGUGUGGUGGAUCACGCCAGAGCGGCGUCGGAGGGUGAUGUCGACGGGCUGGCGCAGCAUGCGCAGCACGAGCAGCCCCCGCCGUAUUCGCAGGGUGGCGGCGUCUACAGGCCGUUUCCUCAGGCUAUCCGUCAGCUGCCUGCCGAUCAUGCCUUGGUGAACAAGAGAUCGACUGCUGCUGAAGCGGAAGGCAGCACGAGCAGUCUCCAUGCCGAAGGAGACGAGAUCGCCGUGGACCUGAUCGGCGAUGACGUGGACGAGCUCUCCAAGGCUAUCGAGCAGGAACGGCUGGAGUACAUACAGAAAAGUCAGAAGCUGAAGCAACAGCUGUCGGAGCUGAAGACCGAGAUUACGGUGCUCAAGGUAUCGGAUAAGCAGACAGAUGAAGAUCGUCUUCACGAAGAAAACUACGUGCAGAAGGGAGAGACCAAGUACUCCACACUAUCCAAGAUAACAUCAGGAACGACGAAGACGCGAGUCGAGUUCUUCGAGCAGCUCUAAACCCCGCUCUGCUGGUGCUGUGUCUCGGCUACCGUGGACAGUGCUGCGCAGGGCUCGGUCCAGCGCGCGAUGGCUACUCGACAGGAAUAUCUAUCCAACACGACUAGCCCGGCGGAAAAAGACUAUUAGGGAGUAUGCUUCAUUGGUGCCUUGAAUUGGACUGACUGCGAUAGAAGCACCAGCAUGCAUGUACGAUCACAGACUCGCUCACAUGUGCGGAAGCGCUCCCAUGUGCGGAAGUGCUCCCGUGCAUUCCUGUACAUGGACAUGGGCAUGUAGGCUCACGCCUUCGGCUUGCUCUUCUUCCUCCUGUCGACCUUGUUCCAGAUGGGUGCUCACGAUAGUCGAGCCUCUUUGUACCCCAUAACUUAAGAGCGCCCAUGAAGUGUUCUCGUCAAACAUCGUGCUCAUGUUAUGAUGAGAACGUCGAUUUCGCCGAUUUGUACUUGUACAAUUUUGCACUUGCCUUAUCUUGAUCGAUAUUUUGUUUACUUGCUGUGUAGUGGGCCGCAAGGCAUCUUUCUAUAUUUAUGACGAACCAUGACAUGAUGGUUGUACCCAACCCUGUCUGCGUACGCUGUUCUCUGCUAUCUAGGCUGGUGUAGAGCAUUGCCAUGUUGUGCUCAUGUUUACGUUUUCGGGACUGCUUCUUGCUUGAGAGCUCUCGCUGCGGUUUGAAUGGCAGCGCGAAGAAAAAAAGAAUCCGUUCAGCUGA